CACUUGGCGGUGGGCACGAAAGCGGCUUUGCAGCACGGUGUCGCGCUGCCUGCGUGGGUCCGGCGGUUUCUUUAUGCUCAAUCUCAAAGACCCGCGUGUUCGCAUCUCCGGACCUGGACACGUAACGCCGUUCGCCGGUAUAAAAGGGGCCGGCCCGGGCCGGGGAGCCAGGAGAGGAACGGAUCCGGCCAUCGGUAGCUAAGCUAGCAGUGGCGCCCACUGGAUCGGUCGACAUGGAUCGGGGCGAGUACCAGCAGCAGCAGCAGUUCUUGAUGCCUCCUCCGGCGCUGCAGACGAUGCAGCAACAGCGGGAGCUGUGCGUGCCGUUGAUGGAGGAGCAGUUGUUGAUGGGGGGAAGGAGAGGGGGCGGGGCGGCGUCGGAGAUGAGGAAGAGGCGGUUCACGGAGGAGCAGAUACGGUCUCUGGAGUCGACGUUCCACGCGCACCAGGCGAAGCUGGAGCCCCGGGAGAAGGCGGAGCUUGCGCGGGAGCUGGGCCUGCAGCCGCGGCAGGUGGCCAUCUGGUUCCAGAACAAGCGCGCCCGGUGGCGCUCCAAGCAGCUCGAGCACGACUUCGCCGCACUCCGCGCAAAGUACGACGCCCUCCACUCCCGCGUCGAGUCACUCAAACAAGACAAGCUCACCCUCACCACGAAGUUGCAUGAGCUAAGCGAGAGGCUGAGGGAGCAGGGCGGCGGCGCGGCGACGGCGACGGCCAGCAGCAGCAGCUGCGGCGACGGAUGCAGCGAGGAGCUUGAGGUUGACGACAAGAGAAACAUCGGCGUCGAGCCGCCAGAGAGCUGCGUGCUCGGCGGGUGCGCCACGCCGGCGGACGUCUCGGUGGACUCCGAGUGCGGCGACCACGUCGACUACAGCGGGGGAUUCCCGGAGUCCUUCUGCGCCACGCCGGAGCUGUGGGAGCCGUGGCCGUGGCCGCCUGUCGAGUGGAAUGCGGUAGCUUGAACUGUUGAAGUUGUAGUAUACGUGUAGGCUUAAUUGUCCCUUGUGUGUUUGUAGCUUAAGGUACACGUGCAUGUUGUGCUUGAGACCGAUCUCUCGUUCUGCUGGGAUCGUUCUGCUGGGAACCUCUUGGAUGGAGGCGAAACUAAAGGAGAUGUCCCAAUGACGGGUGGGUCGUCAGUCCGUGGAUGGAAGGGGAUGCAAAUCAAGACAUGGAAGUGAUGAACUUUGGGGGUCAUUCAUUGGCCACUGGUUUCGGAUGCUGCUAAAAUGGUGUCAGUUGGAGAUCAUUGCUACAGCAAAAAAAAAGGUCGUUCGUACAGAAGAGAGAGAGAUCAUUGGUAGAAUUUGCGUUAGCUGCUCUGUUUGUUCCGGCUGUGGUUUCAAACUUGGAUAGUCAUAUGUUGGACGCAUAACCGGUUGAUAAUAAACUAUUGAGAGCCUCUGUAGGAUUUAGCCCACGCUCGUGUGUUCUUUUCUUGGCCGCAGUACACUAAUUCAACCUCGCAAGGGCACUGCUGCGCAAAGUCAUUUCUACCGGCAACACGUGGCAUGACCUUUCACAUGUGAAUCAAUAUUUGAAUAAAAUAAAACAUUGAUAUUGCAA